CUUUGCAGUGUAUGGAUGAUUCCAAGCCGUGUGUUAAUGAGGGGAAGUGCAUUCCAUAUCAAAAUGGUACAGGAUAUUGCAAGUGUCGAGAAGGCUUUCUUGGAGACUACUGUCAGUACAGAAACCCCUGCGACAGCAAUACCUGUAAGAACGGGGGAACUUGUGAAACUACAUCUCUGAUAGGAAAGGCUACCUGCAAAUGUGCUCCAGGGUUCACAGGAGAGGAUUGUCAAUACUCUGAAUCACACCUCUGCUAUGUGUCCCAGCCCUGCCUGAACGGAGGAACUUGUCAUCCCCACGGCCAGGAAACGUAUGAGUGUGUCUGUCCUCCAGGUUACACAGGAAAGGGUUGCCAGUGGAUUGAUGCCUGUGUGUCUCAGCCGUGUGCCAAUGGAAGUACAUGUACUGUAUCUGGAAAUAAGUUCUCCUGCAUCUGUCUGUCCGGCUACACUGGCCAGAAGUGCGAGAUAGAUGUGAAUGAAUGUGCCACACCAGGCCUUUGUCAACAUGGUGGGACCUGUGUCAAUUUGCCCGGUUCAUACCGAUGCCAGUGCAAGCCAGGCUAUACAGGGCAUCGCUGUGAAAGCGUGUAUGUGCCGUGUUCCCCGUCACCCUGCAUGAAUGGAGGAACUUGUCAUCAAACGAGUGACUUCGCCUUUGAGUGCAACUGUCUGCCAG